AUGGUUUUUUUCAAAAACGUUUCAUUAUUAAGAGAUGGAAAGAAACUUAUUCUCAAAGAUCUUAAUCUUGUGAGUUUAAAAAGAAUUAUGAAUCAGAAUAAAUAUAAUACAGUUAUAUUAGAUUAUGAAAGUGGGCGCUUUUUAUUUUAUGAUUAUAUUAAUAAUAUUUCAAAUAAAUACGAUUUAUAUGAUUUAGACACCUUAUCAAAAAGUGAUGAAACGUUUGAAAUGAUUAUGUUAUUAAAAUGUGAUGAAAAUAAUAUUAAAAAUAAAAUUGAUCUAGCUGAAAAUUAUCGGAUAAAAAAUUUAUUAUCAGUUUUGAAUAAUGAAAAUGAACAACAACAAAAUAUUUGGAUGAAACAACAAGAAGCAUCAAAUAUAGUAGAUUAUUCUAAAGCUACAAUUAAUCUUAAUUUAUCUGAUAUUGAUGAACAACAAAAGCGUACAAAUAGUCAAAUAAAUUAUGAUAAAACAAUAUUUCAAUGUGAUGAUGAUGAUUCAAAUCGACCUACAUUUGAUGAUAUUGUUAAGCUUGACGAUGCAGUACUAGCAUUUACGGAUGAGUUAGAGGAUGAUGACAACGACGAUGAUGACGAUGUAAACGAACAAGGAAUAACAAGUAAUAAUAAUAAUGCAAAUGAAAAGAAUCAAUUUAAUACUAACAAUCUUACUAUUACCAAUUUUGCAAAUCUUACUAUUAAUAAUGGUGCAUCAGAAAAGAUUGAUACAACAUUACUUUCAUCAUCUGAAAAUUAUAUAAUGUCAGCAAUAACGAAUCUUUCUAAUCAAUUUAGUCGUUUUGAAACAAAUGUUAAAAAACGAUUAAGUAUUAUGGAAAAGAGCGUUGAAAAACGAUUAUUAGAUUCUGUUUAUUUGAUUACAUCUGAUAGAUUAGAAACACGAACAUUUAAAGCAAAUGAUUCUUAUUUAACACUAAAAUUUUUUCGUUUUGUAUCUAAACAGUUAGUUAAAAAUUAUAAAGAUCGAUGGUCACCAUAUAAUAAUAAUAUUAAAAAAUUAAGUUUAAAACCAAGAUGUAUCGAAAUUAAUUUAUUAGGUUUUGGGAUAUUAGAUAAAUGUAAGUAUAAAGAUCAAAAUAAACAAUAUUCUAUUGAAUCACCAACAUCAUUAUAUGUUAAUAAUAAAACAAAUUACAGAUUAUCAUAUGUAAGUCAAUGUUGCAAUAAUUUUGGUAAACCUUUAACACAUAUACUGGUAUUCGAAGGUACAACAUCACCUGUAUAUUUUGAAACAGAAUUAUUCAAACAAAUUCAUUCAUCAUCAUAUUAUAAUAAAAAGAUCACAUCAAUGAAAAAUUUACUACGUAAGCUAUUACAAUUAGAACGAAUGAUAUUUUUUCUAACCUUUUACUAUAAAAUUGAUUUUUCACAAUUUUUUGCUGGCUUAAUAUGUUUCCAUUUUUAUCAUAAUUCUCAUAUAGACACAAGUUUAUUAUUAAAGAAUAUUAUGUCAUCAAAAUUUAAUGAGGCUAUACCUCUUUUAAAUCGUUUAUAUUUAAUUGAUCAAUUUAUUUUAACAUAUUGA